ACUUUUCCUAUCGUUCGCGUUCAGGCGCUUCGUCAUACGUCAAACGAGCGUUUGUCAGGCAGGGGGCUGCUGGCUUGUUAAAUUGUUUUGGAAACUUUCCAAACUUUUCCUUCUCUUCCCGAAAAGUGCAGUGCAGCAGUGCACAGAGUGUUUGGUGGCGCUAGAGCUCCCGUGUCCUCCCGUGUGGAACGAUGUCGAAGAAACCUACGACGGGCCCGGCCCUGCAUAAGGUCAUCAUGGUGGGCAGCGGCGGUGUAGGCAAAUCCGCCCUAACGCUACAGUUCAUGUACGACGAGUUCGUGGAGGACUACGAACCGACCAAAGCGGACAGCUACCGUAAAAAGGUGGUGCUGGACGGCGAAGAGGUCCAAAUCGAUAUUCUCGAUACGGCGGGCCAGGAAGACUAUGCGGCCAUCCGGGACAACUACUUCCGCAGCGGCGAAGGCUUCCUGUGUGUGUUCUCCAUCACGGAAGACGACAGCUUUCAGGCGACUCAGGAAUUCCGGGAACAAAUACUGCGCGUGAAGAACGAUGAAAACAUACCGUUCCUGCUGGUCGGCAAUAAAUGCGAUUUGAACGAUAAACGGAAGGUGCCACUGGCGGAAUGUCAGUCCCGCGCCCAGCAGUGGGGUGUGCCAUACGUCGAAACAUCGGCUAAAACACGCGAAAAUGUGGACAAGGUGUUCUUUGACCUGAUGCGGCAGAUCCGCUCGCGAAAGACGGAAGAUUCCAAGACAACGAACGGUCGCGUUAAAGACAAAUCGAAGCGACGAAAAAUCAAAUGUAUGCCAUUAUAGAGCCGAAACAGCGUCAUCCGGUCUACCAUCAGGACCCCGUACGGAGGAAGCUCACCGGCACGGUUACUAGGCUACUAGGCGCCUGGCGGGAGAAGGCACACACUCAGACACACACAAAACAAAACUCCUCGACGGCCGUGGACACUGCACCAAACAAAUCACAAACAAAAACCAGUGAGCGAAUACUCACCCAUGCGUUCUCUUCAGGAAUCAUAAAACAGUGACAAGCGGUCGAAGAAAGCUUUUUAAAGCAUAAUACUACUCUCGCGAAUCAAGCGCGACCACUCUCACACAUACACGCAACACAUCGCUAUUUAGUAACAUAAUUACUUUAAGGGAAAAGUAAAAACAAAGCCGAUAAGUUCCAGCCGACACGAUGAACCCCGUGCGGAAAGGAUAGUUCGAACGAGCACGAAAUCUCUGCAUCUCCUCCCUGCAGCAAGGGAGGUUUACUCCUGGGGUCUACAGUGCAAUGCGAACCGGAAGUGGAAUCCGGGAGCCAGAUGGUUCCUGUAAUUGGUGCGCGCUUAUGUCGCUAUCCCUACGCGGUACGCGGUUCUACUAAGCUUAGUGAUUGAAUGUAACGCUCUUCUGCUACUCUUUCUCGCGGUGUAGUAGUAGGGGCGCGGUUCAAAACCAUCAUGGUAUUGAUGUAUUUGUUUUGUGUUGUUUUUAAACUCUGCUCACUCACCACCACACCACGCUUGGUAUCUUCAGUGUGUAGUGGCGUAAUGUUAAGGCAAGGCUCCCCCUGGGAAAGCAAGCAGCGAUGGCAGCGGCUGAGGAACGAAUGUCUAACCUUUACACCGAUUUCUGUGCAUUUCCUGCUCAUUCUAUUCAUAAUCCAUAAAGUAAAACACAAAAAGUGAAGCAAAUUAUGCAAAAAACAACUCCUCAGCGGUGAUGCGCUUUCUUCACGCGUUCGAAUGCAACAUUUCGCAAUUAGAAGAGUCCAUUUCCAUUUCGCCCGCCAAUCACACGGUGUACAUUCCACCCAUCUCUCUCCUCUCUCUGUCCAUCCAAUCUAUCACCGGUCAUACUCUGACCUCCGCUUUCCUGUAGCUGCCGACAUUGUAUUAGCCUCAUGCUCAUCCAUUGCUUAUACAAAAAAGGGACUAAAAACGAACCUCAAAACGCGAAAUUGAAAUGCACAGUUCAAUUGAACCGUGUUUCUUUUUCUCCUCUCUCUUAUUUAAGCCUCAACAUAUAAUAGUGUACGCAACAUUUACGAUUCACGAUUCUGUGCGAGCGCACACACACUCACACACAUGUCUCACAUGUUUCUGUUGUUAACAUAACUAUAAUUAUUAAUAAUAGUUAAUAAACAAACAAACGAACAAACAAACAAACAAACAAACAAGCAACAUGCAACUUAUCAGGGACGGUUUUACUACUGUAAAGUAAUGAUAAUAGGCUUAUGUGGUUUGCUUUUGUUUUUUAAUAAGAAGAAAAUGCAAUGCUUUAGUAAUAUUAUAUGUUUUAAAUGUUUUUUUUUUUGUUGUACACUGUGUUGGUUUUUUUUAUACAUAUUGGGUUCUUUUUUCUGUUUUAAAACGGCAUCAAUUUUUAUAUCUGUUCUUGUUUUUUUUCUUCUCUUCCCUUCUUCCUUCUUUCUUUCCCUCCCCGUACCUUUUCAUAUCUGAAUCGUUAAAUUCAAACGCUUUUCCAAUUGAUCGCUCAUUUCUCGACCAUCUUGCCCCUCGUCCCCACGGAUUACCUCUCGUUCACCGGCACACACAUACACACACAGAUCUUUUACGAUCUGAUACGGGACAUCUCUAACCGAAAGAAGCAAGGCCAAAGCACGGUCCCAGCGCCAAACCGGGACAAGAAGGGCUGCUGCCGGAUCCUUUGAGAUGUGGCUGCGAGAGUCCAUCUAUCCUGACCAACCCGACCACCACAAUCACCACCACCAAACCCCCCUUUUCCUACCUCGUACGUAUUCCUCGCCUUCCUCGAGACACUUCUCUCCACGUGCCCCCGAGCUGCCACUACUACUAAAAUGUGUCGUUUGUGUACAACUGUUAAAAUGAUAUUAAACAAACAAAGUAAAGCGGUUAAGGUAAAAAAAAGGAUGUGUGUCUGUGUGUGAGCGUAGGGUAAAGUGGGUCAGUGGAGGGGGGACAUAACACACGCAUCAAGAGAGGGGUCUCACACCGCCUACUAUAUCGUUUAAAUACGGAACCAAAUUAAUGUAAGAUAAGCAGCGUUAUGAAGCGAGUUUUUUUUCUUCUUUCUUUGUGUAUGAAAGGGAGUUUGAUUUUUUCCUAUUUUAUAGAGAGCGACUCCUAAUUCGCGUUCCCAUUUCGCCGCUUAAGGAACGGCAAACACACACACCCACAGACACACUGGUAUACUCCUCCCCGUUGCAAAGGAUGUAAGGGCAAAGGGAGCUCCAUUCUACGGUGUCGUGUUUUGUCAGCACGAAGCAGCCAGUUUUGGAGCGAAAUCGCUCUUAAAUGUAGGAAACCUGGAAUGCCUCUAUGUAUUAGAUAUUAUGGUGCAAACGUUAUUUAGGGUCACUUUAUCUGCUUGCGUUAUUUUUUUUUGUUU